GAGUUACAAAACCCGGCGGCAUGCGUGUCAUGUCGCUGAGGAUGGAUGGAAUAUCUGGGGCUGGCUUUAACAAGCCCCUUGGGGGACGAGAUAAUGGACAAAGAGCGAAUGAUGGAUAAAUCUAGAAAGCAUAGAAAAAUAGCAUGAUAUAGAACAGCGAUAUUAAAUAGAAAAUAGAGUUGUUUUGGACUUGUUUAUGAAUAAGUAUGUCAGCAUACGGUAAAGUUCAGCUGACUCAUAGUAUCCUGGUGUUUGUGAGCCAGUGGGAUUAGGUUCCACAAGGACUGCGUGGGUGUGUGUGUGUGUAUUUCUUGCUCUUCUCUUGCUCACGAACACACUUUCAGAGUGAAUGAACUGUGAGAAGAGUGACUCUUCAAACACUUUUUCAUGUUGCGAUAACUCAAGGAGAAGGAACCAAGCUAAACAAAUGGGCUCUUUACACCGUAAUGAAGAGGACGACGAGUCCUUAACCAAGAUGGAAUCCGCAUCUCGAAUGCAGAAAAGUAUUGAGGAGGAUGCUGGAAUUACAACUGUGAUUGCCCAGGCACAGGCUGAGCAGUGUCAAGAAUUCUGUCCAUCCAGUGUAAAACAUGGCAGACUUCAACCCCAACGUGUGGCUCUUUCCCGUAGAAAGCACCCAAAAACGUUCAGGGAAGGGGCAAGGAAGCAAAACAAGCACUCUGCAUUUAGGCGGCCACUCUGGGGGAGUGCUGCAAGAAAGAAGUGUCGACAGAUGGAAGAGGAGAGACAGACCCCCAUUGAGAAACCUUACAGCAGUGUAGGGAGCCACAGGUUUGAAGUGAGCUGCUGCUCCGAUAUUUACACCAGCGUCGGAGGAACUCCAGAGCUCAGUUCUCAGCCUGAAUCCAUGUACAUUUAUGCUGAAAGCAUCAAAGGUUGUGACACUUCCUGUUCUAGCGUCUCUCAAGACUGGGGCUUGUUUUGCCUUUAUAAAGAGGUCAAGAAAACCUGCGGCAUCCUGCAAGACCCCAGAUCGGAGACUGCAAAAAUAGGCAGCAGCAUAGAAGCUUUGUUGGGAUCCGAUUCUUCCUGCGACGGCGAGUCCGUCAGAGGUUACUGUGACUCGGAUUCAAGCUGCGUCAAUGCAGACUGGGAACGGAGCUUUGACUCUGAUGAUGACUCGUGCAACUUGGUCUACAGCUUUGCCGAAGCACAGUGGGGCUCCGCUUCAUCAUGUUCCGGCUCUGCUGCCUCUGGUUACAUCACUGACUAUGAUUUGGAAUCCUCGUUCUCCACCACAGAACAAUAUAGCAGCUCUGCUUUUGGCAGCCGUUUUGAGGCAGGACACCAUGACUUGUCAGCUGGUCGUUUUGAUGCAGGACACUGUGACUCAGCAGUUAACCAAUUUGAGGCAAGGGACUGUGACGCAGCAAUUGCCCAUUUUGAGGGAGGAUACCAUGACUUGCCAGUGAGCCAUUUCAAGUCAGGACACCUUAACCUGCCAGUUGGGCAUUUUGAGGCAGGACACUGGGGUCUCCCCAUUGGCCAUUUCGAAGCAGGACAUUAUGACUCACGAGUCAGCCAUUUUCUUCCAUGUGGGGUCUCUCUAGGGGGCCAUUUUGAGCCAGGAUACUUUGAGUCAACAGUUGAUCGUUUUGAGGCAAGACACUGUGACUCUCCAGUCAGCCAUUUUCGUGCAUGUGGGGCAUCUCUAGGGGGUCGUUUUGAGGCAGGACAUCAUAACUCGCCAGUCAGGCAUUUUGAGGCAGGGUGCCGUGACUUGCCUGUUGGCCAUUUUGACGCAGGAUACUUUGACUCAACAGUUGAUCGUCCCGAGGCAAAACAUUGUGACUCGCCAGACACCCAUUUUGAUGAGGCUUCCUGUGACCUGUACGAUGCUUUUCCUGAGAGUAGUGAUGCAGUUAGUUCCAGUAACAAAGCACAUCACUCCUUUUUAAAUUUGAAGGACUAUUCUGAACUAACUUGGAGGAAACUACGGGGUGUCGUGACCCAUCCUGAUCGCGAUUGCGUCGCACCAUUUUUCCAUGAGAUGAUGAAAGAGACGGCGCAUGAUCGAAAUCAAGAAGGAGUAAAGAUAAACAAAGGCUUUCUUUUCCAUCCACAAAGGUUUUUACAGGCGAAAAACUCUGAAUAUCGGGAAGGCCAGGAAUAUUCCGUGCUUCGCCAUGUCCAGAAUGGAUCGUAUGGAGAUGUGUUCAGCGUCCGAGACAAACAAACUGGGUUUACAUGUGCCGCCAAAAGGAUUCCUCUAAGCAGUUUCAGCUGGAAGGAAGUGGAAACGUGGAGCAGGUUGGACUCGCCGCGUGUCCUUCAGCUCUACGGGGCUGUACAAGAAGGCCUCAAUGUCAUCCUGUUCAUGGACCUUAAAACAGGCUCGUUGGCACAGUUCCUCAAAGCAAUAGGGCGUUUUCCUGAAGAAUUGGCUCUUUAUUAUCACUGUCAGGUGCUGCAAGCUCUGGAACAUCUGCACAGCAGAAAGGUGAUUCACCUGGAUGUUAAAGUGGACAAUGUUUUGCUUUCGAAGGACAAGAGAGAGUGUUUCCUGUGUGAUUUUGGAUUAUCUGAGAUGCUGGACUGGACCGGAUACAGCACCAAGACCUUCAGAGGUAACGGUCUGCGUGGCACCGAGAGCCACAUGUCUCCCGAGGUGGCUCGAGGAGAUCCUCGCUCAGACAAAGCGGACGUCUGGAGCAGCUGUUGUAUGUUACUGCACAUGCUCAGUGGCCAUCAGCCAUGGACACGCUACUACACACACCCGCUCUGCCUCAAAAUCGUGAGUGAGCCAGCCCCUCUGUGGGAGAUCCCUUCUGGCUGUGACCCCUUGACCUGUGAUGUCAUCAGAGGGGGACUGGUCAAGGAGCCGGGAGAGAGAGACUCAGCCAGGGAGCUACUGGAGAAAAGCAAGAGAGCUCUGCGAACAGUAGGUGGCCCUUUGGACAGGAUCAAAUCGGCCACACAGACUCUGCCCCAGCCUCAGAUCUGCCCACCAAUGCCAUCACCCAGUGUCUUCACUCAACCUCCAAUGGCCCCACCCCCUGUUUCCAAUUCAACAUCCCCUCCUCAGGACGAGCUCUCUCCUCCCAGAAUUCAGUGGGUCAGCGGGUGGAGAGAACGAGCAGCCGAAGAGGACGGGACAGAUUCAGAAGACGCGUACGAGGACAGCUAUGGAGGGAUGGACAGGACUGAAAGAUGGAUGGAGAGGUACUGGGGAUUGAGAAACGAAUACACAUUUACCGAAGACGAGAACAUCACUGAAGAGCUGAAGUACUCAUCAGAAGGACGACAGAGAGAAAGGGCAGCCGGAGAGAAGAGGACUGAAGAAGAAGGAGAGAGCGAUGAAGAGAUGGAGAGCGAUUUGGGGAGUUUGAGGGAGCUGGGCAGCGAGGAUGAAUGGGAGCCGUUUCACCGCAUGCAGAUCCUCUACGGUUCGAAACGGCAACCUGGUGGAGAUGAAGGGUCAGAAACGGAGGAAGAGCGUGCGCCCUCUAUCAUGACAAGUUUAAAUCACGUUAACAUGUACAAGCGAAACUCCAGAUUAACGCUCACCUGCCAUCGCAGCGUCUGCACUUCUGAAGCUGAGCUGACUGACAAGGGUUCCGAUUGGUCGGAUGACUUGAGCUCGGGUGUGUUCUCCGACAGCAACCUUGCAGACAAUCGGAGCUUCAAUGUGGAUUGGUCCGUCUCCACCAACCAGCCGCCUUCUUGCAGCUUUGAAGGCCUUGGAGUGGAUAUCUGGGUGGAGGAUGUGAGUGGGGAUACGUUUAGGAUCAGAGAGAGAUUAAGGGUGAAGCUGAGUCACGUUGCUAUAGGUAUAAGUGGACAGGUCUCCAUGAGAGUGUUCAGUUUAGCAACGCUGGACGGGAAGCUCGUCUCCCCUGACACCGAGGUUCUGGAGUCGCGUAUGUGGCUGCUGUGUGUCCCUGCUCCAGACAACAGCACCAACUGGACCUGGAGGAUCCGAGACGGCAAAAUGGAGACUCAAGACACUGCUGGACUGCAAUCGGACACCUGCUCCACUCUCACAGCCUGAAGAUGAUGGACACGACAUUCCCUUUCUUCAGUUAUGUGCUGAUUUUUUUUUUUUUUUGAAAUGGUGACUGAAAUUAAAGUGCUGAUUAAAAUGUUUGGAAAAUUGAAACAUUUUUAAGUUCCUUUUUUUCCACGGAGCAAAUAUGUACCAAAGACUUGUUAAAUUUAUUGAUGCUCGAAAAGGAAGGGGUUUAUAAUUUGUAGCGCCCUCUGGUGCUUGUCGUGGGAAUUGCAAUUUCUCACAUGCCUUUCCUUUCUCCUCUGACCCUGAUCCUGUUUUAUUCGGGGUUAUGCUUUGAAAGAAAAGAGGUGGAGCUAAGCAGCUGUAUUAUUGCUGAGGGUGGAGCUUUUUUCUGGGCCGGAAACAUGCAACUUUUGAUUCAAAAGAUAUUACAGAGUAUUGUAUUGCACGAUUGUAUUUUACAUCUGAUGAAUUGAUGCCUCUUUGAGAUAUGAUUAUGACAAGUCGAGAAUCACUUUUUAAUCUUACAAACCUCAUCUUUAAUUUGUUAGAUGAGGGCCAUGUGACUGUUGUGAGUUAUCCAUCUUUGAAAUUGGUAUUUCGUAAGGUGGAGUCGCUCCUAAUAUCCAGGUACUUUGAAAAGGCUUUGCUGUGACACAGGUAUUUUGUGCACUGGUUCAGUUCUCACUGACUGCUGAUUUGGAUUUUAUGUUGCCGUAGUACAAGCCUUUUUUUUUGUACAAAUAAGUCGUCCUAAUGUCCGUUGUCCAGAAUUUAUGAUAAAGCCCAUUUUUAAAAGAAUGAUGUAUAAUCACUGAUGAAAAUGACUAUAAAUUUGUAUCAUGAAGUAUAUUUCACACGAGAGACUCAAUAACUAAAAGAAUAAAUGAACAAACAA